CAGCACCUCUUUCUGGUGAAAGCUAAUGUGGCAGCCGCAAGCAGCGCAGAGGUCGUUUCCGCCGGGGGAACACGUGAACUUCUGGCAGCCGUCCUUGGACUCGGGGCCCGUUGGGUUGUGGUUCUUGUGGCACACCGUGCGCACCACGCGCCGGACAAUCUUGCGGUGGAAAUUCCGGUGACAACCGCAGGUGGAACAGUACUCCACCGUGUUAAAUCGGUCCAGCGUUAUGAUCAACUCCUGGCAGCCAUCGACUCGAUUGCCAAGAGCCACGUGGGUUUUCAAGAAUUCUCCGUACAAUACACUAUACUUAAUCUCAUCGCCCAUCAAUGGCGUGAGCAAUCUCGUUAUGACGGCGAUUCGUAUGCUGACAAAGUCCACAGUCUACUAAAUCCAAGAGUGUCAGGCAGGCAUCGACCUGCAGGUGGUGGUUCCGGGGAAAGACGCGAACUCCUGGCAGCCGUCCUUGGACUCGGGGCCCGUUGGGUUGUGGUUCUUGAGGCACACCGUGUGCAACACGCGCCGGACAACCUUCCGGUGGAAAUUCCGGUGGCAGCCGCAGGCGGUACAGUCCAUCGGGUAAUCUCCGCCCACCGGGAUGAACUCCUGGCAGCCGUCGGCUCGAUUUUCAAGAGCCGAGUGGAGUUUCAUGCAUUCUCCGUAGGAAACAGUAUUUUUUAUAUCACCGUCACCGCC